AUGAACAUUAAAGAAGGCCCUCGGGAUACGAGCCCUAGUCGCUGCUCGUCGACGAGCAGCCGGUCAUUGGCUGACCACGCUGCCAGCAGCACGAUCAUGAAUAGCACUGAAGUUGAACGUACAUUCGAGGAGCACACGAAACAGCUCACGGAUACCCUACAAAGAGAUUCUUUCUCCCGCGCAUCCUCCUUGGAAUCGUCCGAAGAUACUUCAUCCCCGGUACCGAACUCUACCCUUCCCUCGUUCCCUCACGAGCGCAUAGUGGCAUCGGGAAAUGGCAUUGUCGUGUUGAUAGGGCUUGCAGAGCCGGUGCUCUUCCUCGAACGGUUUGAUAAAAGGGUUCCGUCUGGCAAGAAGCGUGUCAUCUCUGGCUCAUUGCAUCUCAAGAUCACAAAGCCAACGAAGAUAAAGAAGAUAAGCCUCGGCUUCAAGGGUACCGCCAGGACACUAUGGCCCGAUGGUGAGGAGGCGCCCAAUAUCCGCCAAAUCAUAGAGCAGCCCACAGCUAACUUGGGAUAUCUAGGCAUUCCCGGAAACAGGAAGAAGACAAAAGAUACGAAGAUAGUGCUCAAUCUCGACUGGGCCUUCUUCGAUGCCCAGGCUCGCACUUCACGGAAAAGCUAUGGUGCGAAUCAUAUCAAGUUUACCGAGCCGAAAGAGAAAAAGCCCGGAGGCAGUUCUUCCGUCAUCGACCUGUCCAGUUUAGUUGAGUCGUCAGUAUCAUUGCCAAAGGAGCUCAAAGCUCUAUCACUACACCGCUCGCGAUCGAAUAGCGUUGGAAAGGGUGAUUCGCAUUUGAUAUCAGACCUGGUGAUUCAGAGAGGUUACAAGACAUUCCCGCCAGGCGAAUACAUGUACGACUUUGAAAUACCAAUGGAGCACCAGUACCCAGAAACCGUCAAGUGGGACCAUGCAUCUGUCAAGUAUGAACUCGAAGCUGUGAUCGAACGUGCUGGCGCCUUCCGCCCAAACCUCGUUGGCACCAAGGAGAUACCCCUUAUCCGCACACCAGGCGAAGAUUGCUUGGAACACGUCGAACCAAUUGCAAUCAGUCGAACAUGGGAUGACAAGUUACAUUACGAUGUUGUCAUUACAGGAAAAUCAUUUCCCUUAGGGUCCAAGAUACCUGUGGCGGUUAAAUUUACACCACUCGCAAAAGUUGGCUUUCACCGUAUCAGCGUUUUUAUAACGGAAAAGGUCCAGCUAUGGGCUCGUGACAGAAAAGUCCAUCGCGUAGCUAGCGAUAAGAUGCUGUUACUCUUUGAAAAAAGAGCCGGUUUGCCUAGCAGAAGCAUCUAUCCGGGUAGUACUAUGCGUCUCACCUCCGGAGGGAACCAACCUAUUGCCCUCAACGGCGAGGAUUUGGCUAGUGGUGGAUCAAAUUUUCUAGGUGACAUCAACCACGAGAGUUUUGGUGUGGGCACAACAGAGCUAGAGUGCGAGGUGCAGCUGCCUAGCUGUCCAGUUAUGAACAAGAUGCCAGACGCCACGAUGAAGCUUCAUUGCGACGUACAGUAUUCUAGUAUUGAGAUUUCUCAUUCGGUGAAGCUUGUCUUUCGAUUAUCGAAAUAUGACGCCGCGGCUCCUCGAAAACGACGCCAGUUUGACAUAUCCAUUGAUUCGCCGAUGGCAAUAACUUCUUGCAAGGCAAACGCGUCAAAUAUUUACGUACCUUCGUACAAUUCACCCUCAUCCUACUACACAGAUGAAUAUGAGUGCGGGUGUCCGGACGCCGCCACUUUGUCACACGACGUAAAUCUCAACCCGACGCUCUCCUUACCACUCUCCUUAUCAAACGUACAAACACCACCUCCCGAAUUCACCAGCAGGUCAAACAGCACCUCUCAACAAACUGACACGCAUCAACAUGAACAAAACCGCAAUGAUCGACCAACCCGUCCAAUCCACUUUUUGCGGGCGCCAUCAUUUAACCCGCCGCCGUUUGAAUCUGUUCCACCACCGCCACCUCCCCUUAUGAGUCCUCCACCAGCCUAUUCAAGCAUCUGUUCUGGUGGGCUAGGGAACAAUGAGAUUGACGACUAUUUCGCCCAAGCUCACGUGAGAGAAGGGCAAUAUGACGAUAACGUGCGAGGCAGUGGACGGGUGGACGUACCGCUUACCCCUGGUGGACGUGUUCAUCGCAGCAUGGACAUUCCUAGGGAAUUUUUUUCAGAAGUCAUGCUACCACAACUGAGGAAUACAUAA